UUCGCUUUAAAGCUUUGUUCAAAAACACCGAUACGUUCACGAGUGAAACCUCAAUGUUCAUAGUCUGUGUGGCUUCAAGUAAACACUGACACUUACCAAAGUCCAACUCUAGAUUUACUAGACGACUGCUGAAAAUGUUGGUACAUCAAGGUGUUGAGCUGGAAACGCCUCCCUCAGGACUGGAGAGAGAGUUUAAAACUCUAUUUAACUUUGAUGCUCUGCAAUUUCUGUCUGAACUCAUUUCUACCUUCCAACCAGAGGUUGACAAGGUUUUGAACUUGAGAGUUCUCCGGAAAGUUCAAUUGGAUCUUACUGGAGAGUUACCAGGCUUUCUGCGGGACACAGCUCACAUCCGAAAUGAUCCCAGCUGGAGAGUUAACCCAGUUCCAGACAGAUUACACUGCAGACAUGUGGACAUUGGUGACCUUUCACCCUGUGAUACACAACGUCUUAUAAUGGGACUCAAAUCUACUGCCCAAGGUUUACAGAUUGAUUUUGAUGAUGGCAACUGUCCAACAUAUCGCAAUCAAAUAAAGGGCAUUUAUAAUGUUUACCUAGCUGUGCACAACCAAUUUCAGGAUGUACCACCCAUUUCUCAGGCUCCAGUCCUGAUGCUCCGUCCUCGAGCGUGGAACAUGGUGGAGCACAACAUGAUGGUGAAUGGUCGAGAGGUUCCUGGUCCAUUGUUUGAUUUUGGUCUGUUGAUGUUUCAUAAUGCAAAACUACUUCUUCAAAACCAGAGUGGCCCUUUUUUCUACUUGUCCAAGGUUGAGAGCUACAUGGAAGCCAGAUUGUGGAGUCAGAUUUUUUUCUGGACCGAGAAGAAGCUUGGCCUGCCAGCGGGCUGUAUAAAGGCUACCGUGCUGAUUGAGUGUGUCCUGGCAUCGUUUGAGAUGGAGGAGAUUUUGUAUGAGCUCAAGGAACACUCUGCUGGUCUCAACUGUGGCAUCUGGGAUUACUCAGCUUCAUUUGUCAACAAAUUCGGUCAUCGGGCUGAUUUCCUCCUCCCUGACCGCAGUAAGUAUGUAGAUAUGGAGAAGCGUUUUCUGCACAGCUACAUGGACCUUCUAGUGCAGACGUGUCACCGCAGGGGUGCCCUAGCAACAGGUGGCAUGGCAGCUUUGCUGUUGCCUAGAGACAAAGAGAGUGACCUCUACAAGACUGUACUCGCUACUGUCACCAGACUUAAGUUACUGGAGAUCAAAGCAGGAGUUGAUGGGUUCAUGGUUUACGACAUGGACCUGAUUAAGCCCAUGCAAAAUCUGUUCCAGCUUCACUCUCACGGUCAGAACCAACUCAAGCAGCUGCGUGAAGACAUCAAUGUGACCCCUGAGGACUUGCUCAUUAUGCCUGCAGGAGGAGUAACAUUGCAUGGACUGAGGUAUAACAUCGCUGUAGGAGUCCUCUUCAUUGAAGCCUGGCUUUCAGGCAGAGGUCAUUUCUUCUAUCUGGGGAAGGUUGAGGAUUCAGCAACUGCAGAGAUAUCCAGAUCUCAGGUUUGGCAGUGGAUCCGGCACCAGGUGAGACUGGAGGAUGACGGGAUGGUGGUGACACGAGCUCUAGUCAGCAGCUUGGCUGAAGAUUUAAUGGGAGAUCUGAAGGCAGCCAUAAAUUGUCAAACAAACAGAGACAGAGAGAGGUUGAUGACUGCUGUGUCCAUGUUUCUAGAGAUAGUGCAGAAGAAUGAUUUCCCUGAGUUCAUCACUACAUACCUUAACCUGGACCACACUUUCCUCAGCUCUCAGAGCCAACAUGAGAACGGACCGACAGAUGCGGUGCCCAAAGCCAGACUCUAAACAAGUGUGGGAUUACACAAGUCUAAAAUUACUUCUACAUCAUAAGCAAAAUAAUAAAUCCAUGAAUGCAUGAAUAUGUUGUCGUAACAUUUGUGAAACUACUC